ACGCAGUCACACUGUCCAAGAACAUCCAACGUGCUCAAAUCAAACCAAACACGGAUUGACCGAAAUUAUGUUGUUUUUCUGCCCGUCGUGCGGAAACAUAUUGAUUAUUGAGGAAGACACCAAUAGCCAUCGCUUCACGUGCAACACUUGCCCGUAUAUAUCAAAGAUCCGUCGUAAGAUCUCCACAAAGACUUUCCCCCGCCUAAAGGAGGUGGACCACGUUCUGGGUGGCAAAGCGGCGUGGGAGAACGUAGACUCUACGGACGCAGAGUGUCCAACGUGCAGCCACAAGCGGGCGUACUUUAUGCAGAUACAGACCCGCUCGGCGGACGAGCCCAUGACGACGUUCUUCAAGUGCUGCAACCACGAGUGCAACCACACCUGGCGGGACUAA